AUGUCACUACUACCAAGUAUGGAUCAUGAGGAACAAAGUCUUCCAGCACAGGAUGCCAAGGCUGAUCUAAGAAGUUUGAUGGCUGAAUAUGCUUUGCCCAAAGUCGAUUCAGUCAGAACACUUUCUCGAUCUAUAAGUAGCCAGGAAACUACCACGACAGCUCUUGCGGUGCUUAAGCAAUUCAAUGCUGCUCUGGAAGCGAAUGACGUUGAGGAGCUGGGAGACUGCUUCUUUACAAAGCAAGCUUUCUGGAAGGAUCAAUUGGCGUUGACCUGGCAUCUACGCACAUUCAUCUCUCCAGCUAAAAUCUCGAAAGCCUUGCUGGAGACCUCAAAGCUAAGAAGCAUGACUGACGGCUUCAUCAUGGAAGGUGGAGCGAGAUUUGUACAGGCUGGACCGAGUCUACAAUUCAUCGUUUUCACGUUUGGUUUCAAGACCAACUCACCUGCUGCGACCUGUAGCGGGACCAUGUGGCUUUUACCGGUCGAGAGUCAUGCAUCAGGUAAUGACACCUUGAUCUCUACAUGGAAGAUCUGGAUUAUGAGCACCAAACUAGAAGAGCUCGACCAACAUCCCGAAGACGAAUCGUUGCUUCGAGCUGCUAGCACUUCCUCGAGUGGUCUGGAAGAUAUUAAGACAGACGUUUUCAUUGUUGGCGGGGGCAAUGCGGCCAUGGCGCUUGCAGCCCGUCUAAAAGCUCUUGGAGUGCACAGUGUCAUGGCUGACCGGAACGCCUCUGUUGGUGACAAUUGGGCUUUGCGCUACGACUGCAUGAAGUUCCAUGUCCCAACGUCGUUCUGUGAGCUGCCUUACCUCGGAUACCCUUCCGAACUUCAGGACCGACUUCUCACUAAGACUGACCUCUCGGCACACAUCAAACGGUAUGCACGAACUUUCGAUCUCGACUAUAUUGGUUCAGUCAAGAUCAUCCAGACGACAUUGAACAAAGGCGGUGAAUGGCACAUCAAGUUUCAAACUCCCAGCGGCAUGUCCACGGCUACCGCCAGACAUCUGGUCCAGGCUACAGGUAUUGGAUCGCAGAAGCCCUACCUUCCGCCCAUGACGAACGAGCAUGCAUAUCGGGGCUUGAGUAUGCACUCCUCACAUUACGAAAAUGCGCAGAAGCUGAAGGCACAGGGCAUCAAGACAGUAUGUAUCAUUGGCUCAGCAAACACAGCUUUUGAUGUGCUCGAGGAAUGUCACGCUGCUGGACUCCAACCCACUAUGAUUUCGAGAUCGCCUACAUACAUCGUACCUCUCGAGUACGUCUGCGACGCUCAGAGCCUCGGUGCCUAUGACUAUGGUGUCGAAGCGGCUGAUAGAAUGUUCAUGAUGCUUCCAACAAUAGUGGACGCUCAACUCGGGCGAGGACUGUUUUCACAAUUAGCUUCGGAAGAGCCUGACCGCUACUCGGCGCUCCGUGAGCUUGGAUUCCCGGUUCUCGAUAGUUCCCACCCAGAUACUGCUCUCAUGCAUAACUUGGUUGAGCGCGGAGGCGGUCAUUACGUCGAUACUGGCGCAACGGCUCUCUUGACGCAGAAAAAGGUCGGUCUUGUGGUUGGCGUAGAGCCCAAGGCGUAUACACCCAAUGGACUCCAACUAUCUGAUGGAACGACAUUGGAAGCUGGUGCCGUAAUCUGGUGCACGGGCUUUGCGGACAAGGAUGUCCGCCAAACGGUGGCAGAUACACUGAAAAUUUCGCUGCCACUUGAUCCCACAUGGGGUGUCAAUGGAGAGGGUGAGAUACGAGGGGUGUGGAGGAGGCAUACGUAUGUUGACAACUAUUGGGUAAUGGGCGGUUACACUCAGCAGCACCGUUGGUACUCAAGAUUGCUGGCUCACCAGAUCAAAGCUGAGAUUGCUGGCAUCCUGCCUCCAGCAUAUCGCGACAUGCACUUGACAGCACAUGCCUGUGAGGCUUGA